GGUGGCUUUUAGGGGGGAGGCCACUCAGUUGUUAGAUCCCAGGCCCUGCGCUCCUCUUGCAGCUGCUGUUUCUGCUCGUUUCCAGCGCUACGGCCGCCAGGUUGGCUGCUACCCGGCCUCCCCUCCUCCUUUUGCCGGUACCUACCUCAAAACCGCCCGAGGCUGCGAGGCUCCGCUCUUGAAAGAGGAGGAAGCUGGGUCUGCAAAGGCAGAAGGGAAUUGCAUUGUAGCUGGGUGGCGGGGGGAAAACGGGGGGCGGGGGAAGAGAGGAAAAAGAAAAAAAAAAAAAAAGGAAAAAAGGAGCGGGGCUGAGUCUGGAAGCGGGUCUCGCCGCCCAGGACCCGCACGCCCCGGCGGCCACGCGUGGGUGCAGAUCGCGGCGCGGCGCGCAGGGCCGGGCGGAAGAUGCACACGACGCAGAAGGACACCACUUACACCAAGAUCUUCGUCGGGGGCUUGCCCUACCACACCACCGACUCCAGCCUGCGCAAGUACUUCGAGGUGUUCGGGGACAUCGAGGAGGCGGUGGUCAUCACCGACCGACAGACGGGCAAGUCCCGGGGAUACGGCUUUGUAAGUGCCGGGGCGCGGGGCAGUGCGGUGGGCGGCUGCGGGGGGCAUCGCGGGGAAACUUCCGCGGGGGCCGCUGUGAGAGCUCGGGGGCCGGGAGGGGCUUUUUCCGUCACCAUGGCUGACAGAGCUGCUGCUGAAAGGGCUUGUAAGGACCCCAACCCCAUCAUCGAUGGCAGGAAAGCCAACGUGAACCUGGCGUACCUGGGUGCCAAGCCGCGGAUAAUGCAGCCAGGUUUUGCCUUUGGAGUCCAGCAGCUUCAUCCAGCUCUCAUACAGAGGCCUUUCGGGAUUCCCGCUCACUAUGUCUAUCCACAGGCUUUUGUGCAGCCCGGAGUGGUAAUUCCCCACGUGCAACCCGCAGCAGCCGCUGCUUCCACCACGCCUUACAUCGACUACACUGGAGCGGCGUACGCGCAGUACUCGGCGGCAGCGGCCGCCUAUGAGCAGUACCCAUAUGCCGCCUCGCCGGCUGCAGCUGCCGGCUACGUGGCAGCUGGGGGCUACGGCUACGCUGUGCAGCAGCCCCUCACCGCAGCAGCACCCGGCACGGCCGCGGCGGCUGCAGCAGCUUUUGGCCAGUACCAGCCCCAACAGCUGCAGACAGACCGCAUGCAAUAGCGGAUGGGACUCCUGAAGGAAGCUCGCGCGCUCUCUUCCACUUCUCAGCCUUCCAGUAUAAGUAGUUAACAGACGAUUCGUAGUAACUAAGGAGCUUUAAGGAAAUCGAUGCUAUUGCGAAACUAAAGGUUUUUAUUCCGCUGUCGUCAUACAGUAUGCAUCCAAAUCGUGUUGUUAGAGGGGAAGGGUAGAGCGGCAUGUCUAGUUUAAAGUAUCAAGCCAGAAGAACAUAGUGGGGAAAAUACUGUACUGUCAUGAAAGAGUGGCAGGAGUAGCAAUGGGACUUCAUCUUUUCAAACAAACAAAAAACCAAAAAAAAAAAAGCAAAUAUGUACUUUCUACACUAUCAGGGAAGCAAAACUGCCUUUUAUGUAAGUAAGAAAAUGGUAUCUGAAAAGUUUGAACCAGGGAAAAAACUUGAGUCAGCAAUAUGUAACUUUUAUCCAUUUUAAGAGGAAACGAGCUUAAAGCACUGAUUGUCCUUUCUAGCUUUUAGAAGUUGUCUUUCUGAGACAGGACUUUGUCACUGUCUCACUGACAGGCACUGACCGAACAGCCCAAGGAAGAUGGCCGGCUAGUAAGAUGGCGGACAGGCACCAAAGUUAUUUUCUUCUCUGUCCUCUGGAUGAGUGGAACUAUGGAGCAAGUGAUGUGGAAGUAAGGGGUGCAACAGCUGUAGAGACAAUCAAUAACACAGACAGUUCUGGACAGAACACAUCACUCGUGCUCAUGUGAUGAGCUUGUCACAUCCUAAUCCCUCACCCCAUCCCGUUUCACUUUUGGGAAACUUUAACUGCUGGUGUCAGCUAUUCUGAUUCUAAAAUAGGAUCAGCCCUUUACUACAACAGCCUUCUCUUUCUAUUUAUUGCAUCUAUUCGUAACUUGUGAAUAAAGGCAGGAAGAAGCCUAAUGAAUUAAAACCUUUUAAGAACUGUUUUAAGGGAAUUUUCUUUUUGGAAACCAUUUGUACAAUUUUAGUAUCUAUUUCAGGAUUAUAUUUAAAAUAUUUAUUAGCAAACAUACAGUACACAAGGCAACUUUUUGUUACCAAGACUGCAGUUCUUUAAGGGUUAAUGGUAUGUGAUUUAUACUGUGCCUUAAUUGUUAUGCUAUUUAAAAAGAAAUAUUUAUUUUGAAAGUUCUACUAUGCUGCGCUCUAAAGAAAGCGACUUUAGAUGUGACACUGUAAAAUUAUGUAUUCAUCUCAUGGUAUAAAUUAUUUAGUAGACUUAGAUGUAGCAUAUUAAAUAUUAACCUAAUUAACUAAGGAUGUUGACUUGGAUUUAUUUAAAUUCAGUAUGUGCACUGUAUGAGGGUACUCUUAAAUUAACACUUUCUUAGGUUUUUACAUAAAAUAUUGCUAGUUCAUUCUUUCUCCCUCGACUAGUUAUUCAUGUAGACCUCUCAAAUACAUUAGUGCCAUUUUCUCACUCAUCUGUAUGUAGACUGACUAUUUUUCCCUUUGCUAGAAAAUGCUGCUUUACAUUGUCCUGUGAAACUACAAUACUUGCAGUUUUUAUUCUUGACUGAAAUGGAAUUUAAUAUUUUACACUGUAUCGGAUUUUUUUAUACUUGAACAAUUUCAUACAAGGGAAGACAGGAUAGCAUUUUUAUGGACUUUAUCCAAUGUCACUGGAUUUAUUUGAAGUAUUCUGAAUACUAGCCAGUGUUACAAUGUAGAUGUGACUCUCCUGUGCAUAUUAUUUAUUCAGUAUGUAUAUUGCUUUACAACAUUUCAGAUCUCUUAAUCUAUUCACUCAUAUUAAAACAAUAAAAAAAGUUGUCUCA